CACAUAUGAAGCAGAAAGUAAUAUACAAUAGGAUACCAUUUUUCAACAAAGUAGUCAUGCAUUUGUGUGUUUGCACAUAUAUGCAAGGAAAAGAAUUUUAAGGACACCAGAGGUUAUCUUUAAAUAGUGGGGGCAUGGGUAAUCUAAAUUUUCUUUGGGUUCUUCUAUCUUUUCCAAGUUUUCUUUAAAAGCCUAUAUUCCUUCUGCAUUUGGGGGCGAGGGGGUAUUUUGUUAUAAAGAAGAGAGUAUGGUCAAUGAUGCCAAAUGCUAUCUAGUCAAGGAUGACAGGGAUGGAGCCCAGGUCACCAGAUUUGCUCUUAGCAGGCGCCUGUGGCCUCACAUGGAGCAACGAGUCUGGCUGCUGCUGUAGUUGGGAACCAAGAUCCCAUGCGGCAUGGAGGAACUAGAGACAACAGUCAAUCCAAUUCCCUAAAAUGAUUGGGCAGUGAAACUAUAGUAACUUCAGCCCAAACCCCACAAACCAUACUUUCUUUCACUCACCAUCUCUCCCCACACCCAAACACAUUCAAUCCAUUAGCAAAUCAUACCGCUUAACCCUCCAAAAUAACACUUUCUUUCCAUUAGCUCCCCUGCCACCAUCCUAGUCCAAGCUACCACCAGCUCUAGUCUGGAUCUGACAAUAUUGACCCGGACUCUCCUCACCUGUCCUUCAUAUAUGCCAGGCAUUGUGCUGGGUGCUGGCAGUAUGUUUAUAUACUAAAAAGAGAUGUGUUGCAAUCAUGGGAAGCAGGCCAGGGUUUCUUGGGACAAGCUUGUCUUAAAUAGGAACAGGUGGUUAACAGGCCAAAUGGGGUAAUUUCAUUCCCAUGGAAUGGUAUUACAGAGGAAGAGAAUAAAACAGGAACUUUGGAGCCAGUGGCUUUUAUUGUCUGGUUUUUGCUAUGAGAAUUUUCUACCCAUUUGUUAUUUUGUAAUAUCUCUAAUAGAUCAUAGAGAAGCCUACCACCUAGAUCCUAAAGGAAAAAAAAAACACAGUUGCGUCAAUCACCCCAGGUGUAAAAGAGGCAGUCAGGUCACAGCCCAAAGGGAGCAGUAGGGACCAGGCUGUGUCCACAGAGCUGCACCAACAAUGAGUUUCUUUCUGCCCAUCCUCUCUAGAACAUAGGAAGUCUCUUGUUCCAUCACAUCAUGAAACAAUUCAAGUAGAAGCUGAUCUCUGGACACAGGGCUGGGGAGCAGUACAGUGAGUCCCACUUAAUACUACCCUGAGCAGAAGCACAGGGAUUUCGGACUGCUAUCUGCUCCUGGCAUCUGCAACCUGUUGUGUACUACCUCCCUUAAAACAAAGACAGAGGGACCUUACUAAUUUGAAACCUGAUAGUUGGCCAAAAAAAUCCCCUAAAUCUGGGAGGAUAAUAAACAAGCCAAUGAAAGGAACAAAAUAAUGAAUGUGGUAAGUGCUACUAAGGAUAAAAGGUGAGUGACAGGACAGAGAUUAACCCCUCAACAGAGUGCCUGGAGGGGUGGCGGGAAGAAGACUUUCACCUGGGUGGUGAGGGAAUGUCUCUCUCUCAGGACAGGACAAUCAGAGAUGUGCAAAAGCAGCAGCGGGAAAGAUGGAAGACUUUCAGUCUGCGGAAGAGACUGCUUUUGUUGUUGAUGAAGUGAGCAACAUUGUGAAAGAGGCCAUAGAAGGUUCAAUUGGUGGCAACGCCUACCAGCACAGCAAAGUGAAUCAGUGGACCACAAACGUAGUGGAGCAAACGUUAAGCCAACUCACCAAGCUGGGGAAACCAUUUAAAUACAUUGUGACCUGUGUAAUUAUGCAGAAGAAUGGAGCAGGAUUACACACGGCGAGUUCUUGCUUCUGGGACAGCUCUACUGACGGGAGCUGCACCGUGCGAUGGGAGAACAAGACCAUGUACUGCAUCGUCAGCGCCUUCGGACUGUCCAUCUGAGCUCCGCGUCCGCCCGCCAGCUACUUUGUCUCAGCAACUCUCUUCCAUCUUCUAACCACCAGCCAUGAAUUCAGUGAACACCUUUGUCAUUCUCUUUAAGCGUUCUUUGGUGCACUCUCAAAAUGUAGAGGAAAACCUAGGUGACUGCACUAUUCUAUGCGCUGCACACCCUAAGUCAAGAGGACCCUCUCACCAUAGGUGGUCGGUCAGAGGCCUGGCUGCCGCUUGUCUUCACUCUGAUUAUUUCUGUUCAAAGGUGCUAAAAACAGCAAUCUGCUAGCGUGGUACUUUCUCUACUCUCUGAAAUGAUUCAAGUACACUAAUUUUCCAUACUUUGUACUUUUGUUAGGAUAAUAAAUUAUUCCGGUUUAAAAAAAAAAAAAGCA